CAGCGCCGGGAGAGCCAUGGCCGCCUCCAUGAACCUCUCCUCGAAGCUCAAGAAGAAAGCCGUGAGAGUAAAGCACCAGAAGGUGAAAUUAUUCCGGGCCAACGAGCCCUUCCUCUCCGUCUUCAUGUGGGGAGUCAACCACACCAGCAAUGAGCUAAGCCACAUCAACGUGCCGGUCAUGCUAAUGCCGGACGACUUCAAGGCUCACUCGAAAGUGCGCGUCGACAACCAUCUAUUUAACAAGGAGAACCUACCCUCGCACUUCAAGGUCAAGGAGUACUGCCCCAUCGUGUUCCGCAACCUCAGGGAACGGUUUGGGAUCGACGACGCGGACUACAGGGAGUCGCUCACCAGAUCCCAACCGGUGGCCAUCGACUCGCCCGGCCGCAGCGGCGCGCGUUUCUACUGCUCGAGCGACAAGAUGUACAUACUGAAAACCCUGACGAGCGACGAGGUGGAACAGAUGCACGCUUUGCUCAAGGAGUAUCAUCCGGUCGUCAACCGACACGGAAAGACGCUUCUACCCCAGUACUUGGCGAUGUACCGACUCACCGUCGAAAACGUGGAAACGUAUUGCGUCGUCAUGAGAAACAUCUUCUCGACGUUCUUGCAGAUACACAA